ACGGCGCAGGGAAUUCCCGGGCCUGAUCCGGAGCUGGGAGCAGUUUCGGGGCCCGCGCGGCCGGAGGGUCCCGGGCCUGUCCGGUGCCGAGGAUGUUCCCGCAGAACCGGCCCCCGGCCCACCUCCAGGCACCCUCUGCUGCCUCGGGCGCCGCUGUUGCUGCCAGUGCCAUCCCCAGCACCCCCCAGUCCCUCAAGCUGACUUACCCAGAGACCUUGGAUCGCAUCAAGGAGGAAUUCCAGUUCCUGCAGAACCAAUACCACAGCUUGAAGUUAGAAUGUGAAAAGCUGGCAACAGAAAAAACAGAAAUCCAGCGUCAUUAUGUCAUGUACUACGAGAUGUCCUAUGGCCUGAACAUCGAGAUGCACAAACAGACGGAGAUCGCCAAGCGGCUCAAUGUGAUCUGCGCCCAGCUCAUCCCGUUCCUGUCUCAGGAGCACCAGCAGCAGGUGGUCCAGGCUGUGGAGCGAGCGAAGCAGGUGACUAUGACCGACCUGAACGCGGCCAUCGGGCACCAGCUGCAGACCCAGCACCUCUCGCACCACGCUCCCCCCAUCCCGCUGACCCCCCACCCCUCGGGGAUGCAGCCCGCUGGCCUCGCUGGCAUCAGCAGUGCCUCGGGGCUGCUGGCACUCUCGGGGGCACUGGGGGCUCAGGCCCAGCUCCUUGCCAAGGACGACCGAGGAGUCCAUGACACAGAGUCCAGGGCCACAGACCGAGACCCCGGCCCCAGCUCCCUGGCGCUGUCGAACGGGGAGCGCGCGCGAGCCAUCGCCGAGUACCUGAGCGGCAGCAAGAAGAGGAAGGUGGAGGAGAAGGAGUUUGUUACAGACUAUGGCAGCGAUGCAGACAAAAGUGAGGACAACUUGGUGGUGGAUGAGGACCCCUCCUCCCCACACAGCGUCCACUCCUACUCGUCCCGGGAGAACGGCGUGGAGAAGGUCCCAGUGGGCAGGAAGGAGGCCAUCCCCCUCAGUCCCACCUCCAUGGCCUCCUCCAGCAGCACGUCCCCGUCUCGGAGCAAGGAUGCCCCCACGGUGGAGAAGGCAGGAACACCCAGCCUGAAGUCCAGCACGCCCACCUCCCAGGGUGACACCCUGCCAGGCUCCAGCAGUGCCCAGCAGUUCCGCCCCGCCGCUGCCAAGGUCCCCGUGGACCCCCUGGCCCUGGGCCUGAGGAAUCCGCUGGGAGUGCAGAGCCCCUACUCGGCCGCCUUUGGCUUGGCACACCCUGCGGUCAACGGGGACGUGGCCGGGAGCGGCGCCUACGCCAGCCUCCACCUCAUGUCCCCCCAGCUCAACGGGGCUGCGGCCGCCGUGGGAGCCGGCGGCUACGGGCGCUCGCCCCUGGUGGGCUACGACCCGCACCCCCACAUGCGCGUCCCAGGGCUGGUGACCGGCAUGCAAGUGGGGACCUCGGGCAAGCCGUAAGUGGGGCUGGGCUGGAUGGGGAGGGGAUGUGGUGGCUUGUGGGGGUGAAUUUGGGCUGUGUGGAAAAGCUGGGAGCAGGAGCACAGCCUGGGGAAAGUCGGGCUGUGGUUGUUUUGUGCCCAGCUGCCAUCGCUGGGUGUGUUCUGCUCAUAGCUCUGACUCCAGACCAUGCUGCCUCUGUUGGACCUGCGUGGCACCAGCCCCUGUCCACACAGGGUUGUGCUCUGCC